CCACCGGCCACAUGGAGCGCCCACAGCCCGACAGCAUGCCCCAGGAUUUGUCAGAGGCCCUGAAGGAGGCCACCAAGGAGGUGCACACCCAGGCAGAAAAUGUAGAAUUCAUGAAGAACUUUCAGAAGGGCCAAGUGACCCGAGAUGGCUUUAAGCUGGUCAUGGCCUCCCUGUACCACAUCUACGUGGCCCUGGAGGAGGAGAUCGAGCGGAACAAGGAGAACCCUGUCUACACACCCCUUUACUUCCCGGAGGAGUUGCACCGCAGGGCCGCCUUGGAGCAGGACAUGGCCUUCUGGUACGGGCCUCACUGGCAGGAGACCAUCCCCUACACAGCAGCCACUCGGAGCUACACGAGGCGGCUCCACACCGUGGGGCGCACAGAGCCCGAGCUCCUGGUGGCCCACGCCUACACCCGCUACCUUGGUGACCUGUCUGGGGGCCAGGUCCUCAAGAAGAUUGCCCAGAAGGCCCUGGACCUACCCAGCUCCGGCGAGGGUCUGUCCUUCUUCACCUUCCCUAACAUCGCCAGUGCCACCAAAUUUAAGCAGCUCUACCGUGCCCGCAUGAACACACUAGAGAUGACCCCCGAGGUCAGGCGGAGGGUCAUAGAAGAGGCCAAGACUGCCUUCCUGCUCAACAUUCAGCUGUUUGAGGAGUUACAGUCGUUGCUGACCCAGGACACCGAGGGCUGGGACCAGAGCCCCCCUGCCGCUGCACCAGGGCUCCGCAGGCGAGAAGACAGCAAGGUGCAAGGGUCCAUUCCCACCCAGAUGCCCAGCGAGAAGCCCAAGCAAAACAUCUUCUCCCGGGGUCCACUUGUCCGAUGGCUCCUGACUCUCAGUUUUCUGGUCACCACGGUGGCUGUAGGGUUGUACGCCAUGUGA